CUCGCCGCGGUUCUCUCUUCAUCUUUAUCCCCCGGAGCUGUUCACUCUUUACUCUUCGUUCCGUAGCGACGCUUUCCUUUCCAAAGAUGGAAGCGACGAAGAGGUGGCGGGUGAGCGCGGGGGAAACUGAGGCCUGGAUGGACAGAGCUGUACAUAUGGCUAAAGAUGCACUUGAGAAUGGUGAAGUACCUGUUGGUUGCCUCAUGGUCUACAAUAAUGAAAUUGUAGGAAAAGGAAGGAAUGAAGUUAAUGAAACUAAAAAUGCUACUCGCCAUGCAGAAAUGGUAGCAAUUGAUCAGGUCCUGGACUGGUGUCAGCAGCACAAGAAGGAACCUGAGGAAGUCUUUACAUACACAGUACUAUAUGUCACAGUUGAGCCCUGUAUUAUGUGUGCAGCUGCUCUUCGAAUGAUGAAAAUCCCACUGGUUGUAUAUGGUUGCCAAAAUGAACGGUUUGGAGGCUGUGGCUCAGUUUUGAAUAUCUCUUCUGCUACCUUAGCAGGUACAGGGGAACCAUUUCAAUGCAUAGCUGGUUAUCGAUCUGAAGAAGCUGUGGAAAUGCUGAAAACCUUCUACAGACAAGAGAAUCCAAAUGCACCAAAAUCAAAAGUUCGAAAAAAAGGAAUUCAGUAAAUGAUUGGCUGUGAUGGAAAGUUAAUCAGUCUAGAAGAAUAAUGAAUCCCUGAAUGAUCUGGACAGUGCUGACCUUUGCUGGACUAAAUUAUUUAGCCCCAGGAGGUGGAAAAUGAUGUAACUGUCCCUCUUCAAUAUGUCAUUUAUUGUAUUAUGGAAGUUAUGAUAAAUUAACAAAUAUAGUUGUGGAUCAAAAUGUCUGUUUUUUUCCCCUGAUGCCAAACUGGAAAGGUAUUAUUGAAAGGUUAAUGCUAGUUAAGGCUGUUACAACUAUUGAUUUUGAACUUGAUCAGAGGCUCAACUAAUUAUGAUAGUUCUUGGUUUGUGCUGACUUUUUAUUGUCUUGUAAAAUAUUUAGAUAAGAACUCUGUAUACAAACUGUGUAACUUUCUGCCAGUAUCCUGCUAAAAUGUGCUGUUCACUAAGUUAUACCUGCUGAAUCAGGCUACCCAGAACACCCUGCUACUUUGGAAACUGUCUUGGGAACUAGUCCAGUUCGUAAUACGACUUUAUUAAGCUAUAAUGCAGUCCAGGCAUUUACUCAUUUUAGUCUAGUUGAGUCUGUUCUAGUGCUAGUAGAGGCUCUCCAAUUUUUCCUGUCAUUUCCUAUGUGUAAUUGUUGACUGGAAAUACCGAGCACAAGAAGGGGGUCUUCUGCAUAAAUCCAUGUACUCUUUCACUGAAAUAGUCCUAAUGUUUAUGAAUAUCUGACAGUGUCUAAUUGUACACAUGUUUGCUUCACUGCAUCACGUGGCAAGUUUAGAACUGCCUAGUGACUUUGGUGUCCAGACCUUUGUAACAAAUGCAGGCAAUAUUAAGGAAACUUAACCCUUUAUUGUGAUAACUGAAUUGAAAAACAGGAGUUUGUACUCAAGCCUGAUCAAUUGCUGCCAUACCCAUUCCUUUCAGACAAAGUCCUGCUGUAGUAGCCAUCACCAUUAAGGAUCAGUUGAUUUAGUUAUGAUUAAUGUUUGCAACAGAAAACUCCUUAUAAAAUUGAAGGCAGGCAUAUUCAGGUUAGCAGUGCCUAUCCACUCUUGGCCAAUGUUGAAAAGCUAAACAGGGCCAGAAUACUUUAUUCUUUGGAAGUUCCAUAGCUGUUGGCCAGACUGCAAAGUUGAGAAAACAUCCCAGAAAAAAGGCAAUAGCAAGCCACUUUUGUAAUGUUGCCAAGAAAAUAACAUGGGUGUGUCAUGAAGUCACCAGUUGUCAUGCUAGACUUGAGAGAAUUUACUGAAUUAGCAAUGGAGGACUUGGGUAUACCUCUGUUCGCUUACAGUAAUGUCUUAUUUAUAACAGCUACUUUUCCUAAACUUAUUUGUAGUUGAAAUGUUAAAGUUAUAUUCAAAUAUGCUAAUGUUACCUAGUCUUAAAUGCAGUCAUUUUGGUAGUAACUGUGUUAGAAAUUAACUGUAUAGCCAAACUGUAAUAUUUGAAACCUGAUUCAGGGAAGGGCCAUGCAGAGGAAGGCAGAGAUAAUAUUGGU